UGACCAAGAGAACACGAGAAAAAGAAAGUGCUAAACGAAGAAAAUACAGUGCACAACUUUUUCGUGAAAUUCGUGAAUUGCCGUGUGUCCCGACUCUUUCUUGUUCCUUUCAGUGUUUUGUGUGUAUUUAUCCUUGCGUAGGUUACGUGCUUUCCGUGCUGCAGACCCCUCCCGUGAGUUUGUGGUGUGGGUAUUGCAUGAAAAUUCACGACAGCGCAGCUGCCAGUAGUGUCGUUUUUCGUUUCCGGAUAAAUUUAUGUGACGAAGGAUUAUUGCACAAGCACACGGUGUGGCCCACAGGUGUAGGCCAGGUGAUUGGGCACGGAUAUUACGUUAGUGUGUGUGCGUGCGUGUAGUGAUCCUCAAGGUUUUGGCUGCCUCGUUCAGUGUAGGAUAUUGCAACAUACAGCACGACACUUGUCGGAAAGAGCCCGCGGAAAAGAUAAGAUCACUUCCGGGGACGGAAUACUGUGCGGCCAGCAGUACACGAUGGAUUGAUUGGAGCGGGGGGCGAAGUGUGCUUUCCAUCUAGACUAUUGUAAAGCAAUAUCUGAAGUGAAAGGUGUCGAUGAUGGCAGGCGACGGAACGUCAGCACGGAUCAAACAGGAACUGAUUGAAACAUCCUGCUGCAGCCCGUCCCCAUCGUCGGUCGGUAGCUUAUCCCAAACCAACAUACUGUACGGCAAUUCACCCACGGGAAAGAUGGACUUCAAAUGCAGUAGCAAUAACAACGACACACAUCUCACAGAGCUGCACGGUAGCGGUGGUGGUGGUGCCGGCGGAAGCAGUGGCAACGGGAAACCACAGUCGCCCGGCUCGCCGGAUCGUCAGUUCUGCAGCUCAACUACCUCCGCCAUCGGGGACUUUGGCAGCGAUGGCACGAACCACGACACGAUCAAGGAGGAGCUGCCGCGACGAUUGUGCCUGGUGUGUGGGGACGUUGCCAGUGGCUUCCACUACGGCGUUGCCAGCUGUGAAGCAUGUAAAGCAUUUUUCAAACGUACCAUUCAAGGAAACAUCGAGUACACCUGUCCCGCGAGUAACGACUGUGAAAUAAACAAACGGCGACGGAAAGCGUGCCAAGCGUGCCGGUUCCGCAAGUGUCUGCUGAUGGGCAUGCUCAAGGAAGGGGUGCGGCUGGAUCGGGUGCGGGGUGGCCGGCAAAAGUAUCGCCGCAAUCCGUGCUCGAACCCGUACCAGAUGCAGAUCAUUCAGUCGAACCAGCAGUACACGGCCCAAACGCUGGAAGACAUCAAGAUCCUGGAAGUAUUAUCUUCGUUCGAGCCGGAUCCACUGUCGAUCGGCGGUGGCAGCGAUAUGGUGGCGACCGGCGAGGAACGCAACGGGACGGGCCAAACGUCCAGCUCGUCGUUCUCCUCCGCAUCGUCCUCGUCGUCGUCGACGAGCAGCACGGGCAGCAACUCGCCCGGCGCUACAGCGGCCGCCGCCGAUUCCGGGCUCGACCGGAUGGUGAUGGGAAGCGAUGCGCAGGAAAUUUUGAGCGUGCUGAGUGAUAUUUACGAUAAGGAGCUGGUCGGUGUGAUUGGCUGGGCGAAGCAGAUUCCGGGCUUCACCGAUCUGCCGCUGAACGACCAGAUGCGGCUGCUGCAGGUGAGCUGGGCCGAGCUGCUGACGCUAAUGCUUGCCUACCGCUCGAUCCCGUUCGAUGGUCGGCUGUACUUUGCCACCGACUUCUGGCUCGACGAGCGAUCGGCGAAGGAGUGUGGUGCCCUUGAUCUCUACAACCAUCUCGCACAAAUCACCCAACGAUUGGAAAAGAUCUCGGCCACCAAGGAGGAGUACUAUCUACUGAAGGCCCUGUCCCUGUCAAAUUGUGAUAUCAGACUGGAUAACUACAGUGCGCUCAAGAAAAUUCGUGACUCGAUACUGUACGCACUCAACGAUUGUGUGCUGUUGAUAAGGCAACAUCAGGCGGUGUCCCAUCAGCAGCAGCUGCUACUGUUGCUGCCAUCGUUACGGCAAGCGGAUCACAUUAUUCGCAAGUUCUGGACGAAUGUGCAUAUCGAGGGCAACGUAACGAUGAACAAGCUGUUUGUCGAAAUGCUCGAGUCCGUCUCACGAUAAGGUUUGCAAUACUAGCGCGCCCCAAGAGGGAAACAAAGCAAUCUUCUAAAGCUCUUUCAUAUUGUAGGCUGAUGGGAAGCGCGAAUGCCCAUCAUUUUAUUAGGCACAGAAAAUAAGAGUGAAGUGAGGAGGGGGUAGUGAAGGUGCGUGACUAAAAAUUCGUGGAAUGGUUACCGAGGCGUUAUUCGAAUUGUUUACGUAGUUUUAAGGUUUCUUUUUCUGUUUGUUUCUUUGUUUCAAACUACCCGCUCUCGAUUUCUUAGAGAAACUCUGUGUCCUGUUUCGUCACAGCUGUACCAACAGCUGCCCCGACACUCUAUCGGGAGCGGCCACCUGUUCAGUGUUUGUGUAGUUGGUCGCUACCGGGUCUUUCGUGGAUUGAUUUCAAUGUAGCGUGCGUUGGGCGGGAAGAGAACUCUUCUGUUCUGCGUCUCUUGUGUUAAAGUUACCGCGCGCAACCAUCGGUUCCGUCAGCGCGAACGGAAGCGGCUGGGGGAGAAUGGAUAGUUUUAAUAUUAUAGUAGCUGGGUUUGUUCAGCGCUCCCGUAUGGGGAGAGGAGAUUUGCAAUAUGUUUGCGUGGUUUUUUUGUCACGCCGCUUCGUAGUAGAGAACCAGUGACCAGCGGUGGCACUUUCUUCAGAGAUUGCCAUCAGCUCAGUGAGCAUGUGAGAGCCAAGUGAGUGAGGAUCGAUUAUGAGAAUGCUUUAUCCUCAACAUUAUUAGAGUAUUGCUUGUUUUUAAUUACAGUACAGAUUAUUAUAGACCACACACACACACACACGAACACAAACACAAAUAUUGUGUGUCCGAAGGGAAACAAAACUUAACCUCUAUUCGCAAUACACAUCUAUAUACUUCUCCGGUGUAGUGGGCCGUACGUGUAAGUGCCGUAGUAAUUUUGCAGGGUUUCUCAGGCCAGUCGGACAUUGUAACGCUAUAUGUCAGCAGCAUAAAACGUUAAUCCCGGCAUCGUAUAUGCAAUUUAAUUGGGAUUUUGAGAGAGUUGAAUGUUUGUUUUCCCAUGCAGAGAAGGGUUACGAUGUCUGAUUAGCGUUCUACGCUGCUACCAUGUAGUAUUGCAAUAUUGAACUGGCCUGAGAAACCCUGUAUGUACAGAAAGCGAUGUUUUUUCUGGUAUAGACGAUCGCGGACGAUACAAGCAGUGGCAGGCAUUCUGUGUUUUUAUACUGUUCAGGAAUAAGUACAUUGUUGGAUGGAUGCAAUAGGGUGAGCAGUUUUAGAAGAGGAUUCUAUUCCCUGACACAAAACAACAAAAUAGUGUAAAAGAAAAAAAAGGAAGUAAAAUAAGAAAAGUUUAUGAAUGGGUUUGUAUAUCAUGAUACGCGCACGUCCAAAAUGCAAGCGGAAUCUCGAUCAGUGGUAUUCUUUUGGGGACGAACGGUGUUUAGGACAGCUGCAAUAGCCCACGUUUUUACACGACACAACAUUACAGUACAACUCCACGUGCAAACGAUCGUUCAAAGUUAGGUGAGCAGAGAAGAAAGUAUGAGGAGGAUUUUAUUUUGUUGAAUGUUUCGCAAACUCUCUGACGCAGACCGCGUGUGUGUACGUAGAUUUUAAAACUUUCCUUAUGAGCGACAAGCGGUUCGGUUCAGACAAAAGCGUAGAAAGACAAAUAAAAAAGUGAAAAGGAAGGCAGAUCUUCGGGACAGCAACGGACGAUACAAAACAAAUGGAAACAAAAUUUUAUCAGAGUAUAAAGUAUAAAAUAGCAAUAGUUCUAUAACCACACUGCUAAAAUCGUUAUUACAUGUAAAGAAAAAGGCGGAGGGUGCCACUUAAUGAAGUUCCGUUGCCCGAAACUCAUUCAAAACGAUGAGUCAAAAAAAAGAAGGAAGAAGCAAAUAACCGACAAACUGACUGAUGAAAGUCGUACGGAACGAACGAGUGGGAUGGCAGAGCGAGAAGCAGCACCACACAGAGAUGUAAGAGAUGCGAACGGAAGGAAAAGUUUUAUAGGAGAGAGAGAGAGAGAAAAUAUGCAAUUUAUCCAUUUGCCUGCAAUAUAUAACACAGUAAGAAACGCCACGCGGUGGUGUAGUAGGUAUAGUAGCGAUUAGAAAUCUUCCAUGAUUUUAAGCCGCGUGUUCUAUGACGUUGGGUUGUGUGCGGCGGAUCAAACCGACCGACCGUGGAUGCAGCAACAAAUAAAGGUAACAAAAAACCCGUUCAAGAAUAGGAAGCAGGGGCGUGGAAGAGAAUGUCUCUCAGGGAAUGUAAGGCGCGAUUUGUUCUUGCGAUUGUGACGAUAGUUUAAAUGGACGUUGAUUGUUUUUUGGUAGUAGUGUUAGUGAAAGUGAAACUGUGA